AUGGAAAGGAUGUCACAAGCCGAUAUCGACAGUCUCCAAGGCCAGACCAUAGUACGGAAUUUCACGAACAGCUUACCAGGCUCAACGACACUCGAGCGUGUGACCAAGAGCGCGCAAGAGGAGCAAGAUGCCUCGGAAGAACAACAGAUCGAGACCAGAAUGCGGAAGCUGUUCCAGGACGACAACGCAAGGCUGAUCGUGCCGACCAGUGAUUCCGUUUUCGACGCCGUAGAAGACGCUAAAUGUCGAUUGGCGAGAGUGUGCAAUGACUUCGAAGCGCCUGAAUCGCCAUCGUCGUUAGUAAAAGCGAGAAGGAGCCGGAAGACAGCGCAAAUGAAGGCGAACGAGGCUAUACAAGGCAUAGCUGCUCAUGGAUUUGCCCAGCUACAUGAAAUACUAGACGAUCACAAAGGCGUAUUCGACAUUUUCCCAUCGCAGACCGGUUACGCAUCUGUACUGUGUGGUGGAAUUUCUCUUAUCGUCCGUGCUGCUGUAAAUCACGACGAAAUCGCUGACGACAUCUCGGAUGCGAUAACCACGGUCACUGAGAAAGCAGCACGGGCAAGCAACAUUCUGCUUGUUCUUCGUACACGAGCGAUGCACAGGCUCCUCUCCGAACUUUAUGCACAGGUCCUCCUCUUCUAUCGCGAUGUCAUAGAAUGGUACAAGAAGUCGCGCACGUCUCGCUUCCUCGCAAGUUUCGACGAGUCUUUGGGAGAGCGAUAUAGAAAGGCAAAAGACAAGAUCGAGGAUAUGCUGAACGAGAUGUAUAGGGAGAACAACAUCGCGAACACCGCCCGGGUAAAAUGGUUUUGUACCGAGACAGAACGGCGCGAUGAGGUUCUCCGUCAGCGGCAGCAAAACCCCACUCAUAACGUGACGCGUCCAGGGCAGCUAGCACACAUAAUGCUCCUGAGCUCAUUCCGAAUGAGAUGUAUUGAGGCUCAAACUCGCACCCGAUCCGGAAGGUCCGCACAGCAGGACACUGUGACAUCGUACAAAGAGGUACGGAAGGACGCCAGCGGUAUAAGCCGAACGGGAGCGAGAGACUUUGCAGUUGGGUUACAAGCGCAUAUCGUGGGAAACGAAGGCUAUUCGCUUCUCAACGAUGGUCGGUUCUGGCUCCCUGGCGCCGACAUAGGGUGCAAGCUUCGCGCCUGGUUCGAUCCCGAAGUGAUCUCCAUGACACUGUGGAUAUCGAGUGACAACGUUCUGCAGUCGGAUCGUCCAGGUUCGUAUGCAGCUGCACUGAACAUGCUGAUUGUUGCUUGGGAGGCGGAGAUGCCAAUGAUAUCGCAUUUUUGCGAGCGGCCUCGGUUCGCGACCCUUGGGACGGAUCGCAACGUGGAGAAAGUCGGCCUCAUCGGUCUGGUGUACAGCCUAACGUCUCAGCUGUUGCAAUUCAAGUUUGACAAAGACAAUUUCAAAGUCUCUGAAGACGCGCUACGCGGAUUGGAUGGUUCAGAUGAAAGCUGGCCGGCAGCUCUCGGGUUGUUCUCAGCACUCCUGGCAGCAACUUCGCAUCUCAGCAUCUGCGUCAUUGACAGCCUCAACGACCUCGCAUUUGGCGCUGGUGCGCAAUGGUGCGAUGCUUUCCUAGGAGUGCUGUUCGAGCACCAGAAGUCAUCAGCAGGCAUCUUCAGAAUUUUGCUUACCACUACCGGGCAAUCGCGGGUGCUGCAGGAUCAUGUGAAGAUGUCGGACCGCGUGUUCGCUCAGACAGAAGCGCGAGAAGUGAUCCGAGGUGGGCAUUGGUACGAAAGACCAGAAAGCUGA